AUGCCUUUCCUUCGCCAGACAUGGGCUCUGGUUGAGAAAACACUCAAGAUCGUGCUGUUCCGCCACCUUCUCGGGACGCUAACAAGAGCAUUCAUAGCUCCUAUUAUAUUCAUUUUCAUUAUUGCUUAUGCUAAAUCAUUCUUCAUUCCGCCCUCUUCAUUCGGCAUUGGCGCCCCAGCGCCACUUCGGAGUCUUAGCGACGCAGUCGCAGCGUCUGCAGGAGGCCGCAACACCGUCGUGUUCAUCAAUGGAGGCUACAUUGGCGGAGAGAUCUCAACCGUAAUCGAUCAGGUUGCCGAGCCGAUCCGAGCACAAGGCAAAACCGUCCAGAUACUGGAAAACGAUAGCGGACUUCUGACAACAUGUCGAAGUUCGAUCCGAGGUGUUUCGCCAUGCUUUGCAGCCGUCGAGUUUCUCUCCUCACCGUCUGAAGGCUCAGGUGGGAUCUGGAAUUACUCGAUGCGUGCAGACGGCGUGUUUGGUGGUCGCGUCUACGUCGAUACACAAGACAACGAUGCGGAGAUUUACGUUCUUCCUCUUCAAAGGGCCGUCGAUAACGCCAUUGCGGAAAUAAAUGGCGCUAGUCUGCCAACCGUCACCCAAUACCCCUAUACAUCGGAGACGGCAGUUGAACGACAAAGAAACAUUACGCGCCUCUACAUGGGCAGUCUGAUCAGCAUACUCGGUCUGGUGUAUUUUGUUGGUAUUGUGGGAAUUUGCUACCAGCUCACUGGAGAGAUGGCCAAAGAGCGCGAGUUGGGCAUGUCUCAGCUCAUAGAAGCGAUGAUGCCCAACAAAGCAAGAUGGCUACCACAAGCCGCAAGGCUGCUUUCAAUUCAUCUCGCGUUCGACAUGCUGUAUCUGCCGAGCUGGGUUGUCAUGGCCGUGAUUGUUGCACGAAUGAACUACGUGCAAUCAAACACGGGCAUCCUCAUAGGCUACUUCAUCCUUGCGGGAUUGGCUCUCUCAAGUUGGUCCAUGGCUUUCGCAAGCUUGUUCAGCAAAGCACAGCUCUCCGGGAUCACAGUGACUAUCGCAAGCAUUGUUCUCGCCAUUAUCAUACAGGUUAUACCUCCAGUUUCGACAAGCGCUGCUAUCGUUCUCAGUUUGAUUUUCCCGCCCAUGAAUUUCACACUAUUCAUCAUUUACAUGGCCUACUGGCAGCAGCAGAUCGAACCCGCGGAUUUGAGCAAGGCGGCACCGAAUGCACCAUGGAGGAUGGCUGGCUGGCUGUUCUUUUUAUUCUGCAUCGUUCAGAUCCUUGUAUACCCGUUCGUGGGCGCUUUUAUCGAACGAGUCUUGUACGGCACAGCGACGAAAGCUAGGAAGCUCACAUAUGAUGGAGAAAGCAGCACGGAGACCGUCCGGCUCAGAGGCUUGACCAAGCUGUAUCAACCGAACUGGCUGCUACGCCUUUCUCGAACGAACCGGCAGACAGUCCGAGCAGUGGACGGCAUUGAUCUCACAGUUCUGCGGGGGCAAAUCAUGGUCCUCCUCGGCGCCAAUGGCAGCGGCAAGAGUACCACUCUGGAUAUGCUUGCAGGUUUACAGAAGCCUACAGGUGGAACUAUCGAAAUGGAUGCAGGAGGCGGCAUUGGCUUGUGCCCGCAGAAGAAUGUAUUGUGGGAUGAGCUCACCGUGUACGAACACGUUAGCAUAUUCAACAGGCUCAAAGCCGAGAAAGUUGAUUCCAGAGCACAGUGCGAAGAGCUGAUUCGCGCAUGCGACCUGGAGCAGAAGAUUAAGGCACGCUCGGAUACACUUUCCGGUGGCCAGAAGCGCAAGUGUCAACUUGCUAUGGGGUUCACGGGAGGCUCAACACUCUGCAUGCUUGACGAAGUCAGCUCCGGCCUCGAUCCACUUUCCAGGCGCAAAAUAUGGGACAUUCUACUAGCCGAGCGAGGUAAGCGUAGCAUCAUCCUCACGAGUCACUUUCUCGACGAAGCAGAUUUGCUCUCCGACGAUAUUGCAAUAAUGUCAAAGGGCAAGCGCGUGGCGAGUGGCUCUGCUGUUGCGUUGAAGCAUGAACUGGGCGGAGGCUACCGCGUAAGAGUCUACCACGAAAAUAGCAAGCCUCUGUCUGCGGAUCUUGAAAGCGUGCCGAAGCAAGUCUUCCACGACCAAACGGUGUACAUGAUACCAGAUUCUGCAGCUGCCGCACGGUUCAUCAGCGAGCUUGAGCGAGCCGGAAUUCGAGACUAUCAGGUAAAUGGGCCGACCAUAGAAGAUGUGUUCCUCAAACUGGCCGCGGAAGUGAAGGACGAACUCGACAAAGAUCACGCGCCAUCUCCGGCACCAGACGAGGCGUUAGUCAGCGGCGAGAAAGGACUCCAGCUUGCCACAGGCAAGCAUCUGUCGUACGCCCGGCAGACUUGGGUCCUUUUCAGAAAGAGAGGGACAAUCUUCACUCGGAACGCCUGGCCAUACCUGGCUGCACUGCUGAUCCCAGUCAUCACUGCCGGCUUGGUCACGCGAUUCCUCACCAACUUCUCUGCCCUAACUUGCGACCCGGCCUCGGUAGUAUCAGUCGACCAGGCAGCAGGUCUGAACAACUUCCUUGGCUACGAAGCCGACAUUCCAGUGGGACCCGUCACCCCAGGAUUGCUCAACUUCCUGAACUCGGUUUACCCACUGCUUAAUCCGCCGCCGUUUCGAGCAGUGAACACAAUAGACGAGUUCUACAAUUACAUCAACACCAACUACUCUAGUACUACCCCCGGCGGGUUCUUCUUAGGCAGCACACCUACUUUUGCCUGGCGCGGCAAUUACCAGCUCUACUACGCCAUCGCUACGCAAAACCUACUCGACGUAGCCCUGUCACGCAUACCGAUACAAGCGAGCUUUCAGCCCUUUGCGGUCCCGUUCUCACCGUCGGCUGGCAAGAGUCUGCAGUUCAUUCUGUAUUUUGGUCUUGCGAUGAGCGUCUUUCCUGGCUUCUUCGCACUAUACGUGAAUCGCGAGCGGCUUCACAAGGUCCGAGCGCUCCACUACAGCAACGGGAUUCGGGCACAGUCGGUCUGGACAGCAUAUACUCUCUUCGACUUCAUCAUCGUCCUGGCUGUGAGCACGUUGGCGAUCAUAAUCUUUACCGCCGUUAGCGACAUCUGGUACGCUCCAGGGUACUUGUGGCUGAUCUUCACGCUGUUUGGACUGGCCGCGACGCUGAUGUCGUACGUAUUCAGCCUCUUCACGAGCAGUCAGCUAGCAUCUUUCGCCUUCGCUGCGGGCGGCCAAUGCGUGUUCUUCUUGCUCUACUUCAUCUCCUUCAUGUGCAUAAUCACCUACUCGCCUGCGGCGGACACGGACCGGAACCUCAACAUAGCCACCUUCACGAUCGGCGCUUUCUUCCCUGCGGCAAACCUGCUACGAGCACUGCUUUUGUCUUUCAACGAAUUCAGUAUACUCUGUCGAGACAAUAGCGUUGCACCUAACGCCGGGGCCUGGACUGUCUAUGGCUCCUGCAUUGCUUAUCUUGUCAUUCAAUCAGCGGUCUUGAUGACUUUCUUGGUUGCGUACGAUAGUGGAUGGAGACCCAGGCUCUUCAUGCGACGGCAGCACAAGGCGCAGGAUGUCGAAGAGGUCGAAGGUGUCGAUCCUGAAGUGUACUCGGAAACUGCACGGGUGGAAGAGUCUAAUGACGAGCUUCGCGUUAUCCAUGCAUCCAAGGCUUUCGGUGCGAAUCAAGCAGUGCAGGACAUCUCCUUCGGCGUUCCCCGCGGCGAGACAUUUGCCCUCCUCGGACCGAACGGAGCCGGCAAGUCAACCACGAUAGGUCUCAUCCGCGGUGAUACGAGGCCAUCAGGUAGGCAAGGCGAGAUACUGAUUGAGGACGUUUCUAUCAUCUCACACCGAGCACAAGCACGUGCCAACCUUGGUGUUUGUCCUCAAUUCGAUGCAAUGGAUCAAAUGUCUGCAAUUGAACACUUGCGCUUCUAUGCACGGGCACGAGGCGUGCCUGACGUUGAGCACAAUGUUGAGCAGGUGCUUCACGCAGUCGGUCUAGCGCAGUUCAAGUCUCGGUUGGCUGGCAAGCUGUCUGGAGGCAACAAGCGGAAACUGUCGCUCGGCAUCGCCUUGAUCGGCAAUCCAUCUGUCGUGCUCCUGGACGAGCCAAGCUCAGGCAUGGAUGCGGCUUCAAAGAGGGUGAUGUGGCGGACGUUGAGAAGCGUCUCGUCAGGGCGGUCGCUCGUUCUGACUACCCACAGUAUGGAAGAAGCUGAUGCCCUUGCGGACCGUGCUGGAAUCAUGGCAAGGAAGAUGCUGGCAUUGGGUACAAGCGAUCAGUUACGGAAGAAGCACGGCGAUGCGUAUCACGUACAUCUAGUCCACAGAGACGCCCCCUACACCACCAACGAGAACAUGGACGCGAUCAAAACAUGGAUUCGGCGUGCAUUUCCAGCCGCGGUCACCGAGGAUCGCUCUUUCCACGGACAGCUACGGUUCAGUCUUCCAAACGACCGGACUGCCACAAACGACGAGCCUAGUGGCAAGACACGGCAGUCCGGCGCCAACUUGGUAGGGCCAGGGUACGUUCCUUCAAGAACUGGCAUCAGUGCGCUCUUUUCCAACCUUGAAGCAAACAAGGCACGUCUGGGCUUUGAGUACUACAGUGUCAGCCAGGCGACGCUUGACCAGGUGUUCUUGAGCAUUGUAAAUAAGCACAACGUGGUGGAGGAAAACUACGCUCGACAACAUCCUCAGAAGAAGGUUGGGCUGUUUCAACGCAUUUAUCGGAGCAUAGGGGACAACAGCUAUUUGUGUUACUAA